GACUUCCUUCUUCUGGGCUUCACGGAGCACCCAGAACAGCAGCCUCUUCUGUUUGGGGUCUUUUUGGGCAUGUACUUGAUGACCAUGCUGGGAAACCUGCUCAUCAUCCUGGCCAUCAGCUCUGACACACACCUCCAUACACCCAUGUACUUCUUCUUAGCCAAUCUGUCCUUCAUCGAUACCUGCUUCACUUGCACCAUUGUCCCCAAAGUACUGGUGAACAUCAAGACACGGCACCAUACCAUCUCCUACACUGGUUGCCUUGUGCAGAUGUACUUCUUCAUGGCACUGACACUGCUGGAUGACUUCCUGCUGGCUGUGAUGGCCUAUGACCGCUACGUGGCAAUCUGCCUUCCUCUCCACUACAACACGAUCAUGCGACCACAACGCUGCCUGCUGCUGGUGGCUGCAUCCUGGUUCUGCUCCCACCUCUUAGCCUUCUCACUUACGCUCCUCAUGACUCAGUUCUCCUUCUGUGCCUCUCACUCGAUCCCACACUUUUUCUGCGAUCUUCUCCCGCUCCUCAAGCUGGCCUGUUCAAACACCCAUGUUUUUCAGGUUAUGAUGUUCAUGGAAGCAGCCCUCUCAGGUGUGAUCCCUCUCACCUGUGUCCUCAUUUCUUACGCCCACAUCAUCCACACGAUCCUCAGGGUCCCCUCUGCUGAGGGAAAGCACAAAGUCUUUUCUACCUGUGGCUCUCACCUAACAGUAGUCACCCUCUUCUACGGGACCCUCUUUCUCGUCUACUUUCAGCCAUCCUCCUCCUACUCAGCAGAUACUGGAAUAGUGGCAUCUGUGAUCUACACAAUGGUCACCCCCAUGCUUAAUCCUUUUAUCUACAGCCUGAGGAACAGGACCAUGAAGGAUGCUUUGUGGAAACUCCUUGGCUGGGGAAAAUGCUCUACUCUAUACAGGGUCUUUCCCUGA